AUGCCUCGGAAAUCUAUCAGGCGCUCGUCUACGGCGCAGAGGAGCAACCAAGCGACGCAGACGCAGACUCAAACGCCAACGGAGCGAGGGAAGGCAUAUUCAUCCCUCGCAUCUGGCUCAGCAACAGAGACUGAGGAGAUCAUUGGCUCAAUCGCAUCUUUGACGCUAGACACACCUCUUCGCGCAUUUCAGAAACCGAAGCCAAAAACACCCGAAAAGAAAUUUCCGAUUCUGUCGUUGCCAUCGGAGUUGCGAAUCAAGAUCUAUGAACACUUCUUUGCCGACAUUACUGAAGUUCUAGACUUGACGCGGGAGAAUCAUAAGAGAAUUCAUAAACGGCUGGGUCUGAUGAGGACGUGCAGGCUUAUCAGCAACGAAGCGACACACUUCCUCUACAGCACUCGGACGUUCCGGCUCUUCCCCACGACCCCCGGCCGGUACUUCAAGACAAAGAAGCCUCUACUGGCUCGUCUUUCCGCUAGACAGCGACGAUGCCUGACAAAGAUCGAGAUGCGCCUCGGACCAGGCUGGAGCGCGCCGCCCGCGGGAUGGGUCGUCAAUGCUGCUCUCGGGCUGCAAGACUGCAUCCACGUCCAUACUCUAGCAGUCUAUGUCGAAGUGGACCCGAGUGACAAUAUUUUUAACAAUUUUCGCCGCGCGGAUGGCUUUUACGAGGAAUUUAGUCGCCAACUUCUGGCCAACACGUUGAAAGGCUUGCCAUCGGUUCGGACCAUUGAAUUCGACGCAUACGAAAGUGUGCAAAAGAGAGGCGCCAUGAUGCGAUCCCUCUUCACCAUCGCCACUGCCUCAGAUAAGGUCAUAACUUGGGGCCCUGAUCGUGGAUGGUUUGGUGCGCCCGAAGAUGAGGAGCCGCCCAUGAAGAACGGCGUCCCAAACCGAUACCUGGAUAGUGUUCCCAUUACUGGUUUCACAGCACAAAGCUUUGUUGCUGUUGCGUAG